UCAAACGAGAACUCACAGGAAGAUUCUCCCGGAGCGCCCCUAACAUCUCAAUGGUAUCAUAGAGUGACCAACCCUUCGCUAUCGAGCGAACCAAAUUAUAUAGUGGGCGAGUGGUCCACAUGUAGUGCCGAGUGUGGGAACGGCAUUAAGAAGCGCUCCGUUGACUGUAAAAUAUUUCUAGAGUUUUCGCGAAGUGUCGUCCGAUUGCCGGACAGCCAGUGCUCCGGAGUUAAGCCCAAAGAGAUUGAGGUUUGUCUCAUAAAAGAUUGCGAACCGAUCGCUGAAGAAGACGACGACUUUGACGAUAUGGACGAAGACGACGAGGACAGCGAUAAUCAUAUAAUAAGCACUGGAGUUGAGAAACCGGCCAAUAAAUUGGUUCCGCUCUCGAAGAUUGGUAUCGAAACCAAAUACUUUUGGAAGAGUUCGGGAUUUACAGAGUGUUCGGCCGCUUGUUUAGGGGGCACUCAGGAGUCAAUUAUACUUUGUGUCAGAGAUACGGAUCAGUCGGUAGUUAAUCCAUAUUUAUGCGACAUAAAUAAGAAACCUGAUUCAUUUACGCGCACAUGCAAUGAUCAUCCCUGUCCUCCC